GCGCGGGUGAAGCUUCAGCAGAGGAGCUACCUGGAGAGCGAAGAGCUGCUGCAGAAGGUGCUCGACCAGUCCCCCGGCCACCAGGAGGCGCUCUUCCACCUCUCCCUCCUCUACACCCACACCAACCGCACCCAAGACGCUUUCACUCUUGCCCAACAAGCCGCCCACAACUGCUCGAGGCCGCCCUACCUCUGCGCCCGUCUCCACGCCCACUAUGGAGACCUCCUCAACGACAGACAUAAUGUAGAUGAGGCCGCCCAGAGUUACCUGCUAGCAGUGGAGUUGGAACCGACGCUCACCCACCCGCACAUCAACCUGGGGGCCCUCUACCACGCUAAG